AUGACUCGAUGGCUUUAUUCUACAAAUGCUAAAGAUAUUGGUACUCUUUACCUUAUCUUUGCUGUAUUCUCAGGACUACUAGGUACAGGAUUCUCAAUCCUAAUUCGUGCUGAACUAGCUGCGCCUGGUGUUCAAGUUCUGGGAGGAAAUCAUCAACUAUUUAAUGUGAUUAUUACAGCUCACGCAUUCCUAAUGGUAUUCUUCCUAGUAAUGCCAGCUCUAAUGGGUGGAUUCGGUAACUACUUCACUCCUGUAAUGGUAGGUGCUGUAGAUAUGGCUUUCCCACGACUAAAUAACAUUAGUUUCUGGCUACUAGUACCUAGCCUAAUUCUACUACUAGCAAGUGCUUUCGUAGAACAAGGGGCUGGAUCAGGAUGGACAGUUUAUCCACCACUGGCAGGACUACAAAGUCACUCAGGAGGUUCAAUUGAUCUAGCUAUCUUUAGUCUUCACCUAUCAGGUAUUUCAUCUAUGCUAGGUGCUAUGAACUUUAUGGUAACUAUCCUAAAUAUGCGAGCUUCAGGUAUGACUAUGUACAAAAUGCCACUAUUCGUAUGGUCAGUAUUUGUAACAUCAAUUCUACUAAUCACUACACUACCUGUACUAGCAGGUGCUAUUACAAUGCUACUAACUGACCGUAACUUUAAUACAUCAUUCUAUGAUCCAGCAGGAGGUGGUGAUCCAGUACUAUAUCAACAUCUAUUCCAUCCAGAAGUAUAUAUUCUAAUUAUUCCUGCAUUCGGAAUUGUAAGUCAAGUAGUAUCAACAUUCUCAUCAAAACCAAUCUUUGGUUACCUAGGAAUGGUAUAUGCUAUGAGUACAAUUGGAGUGCUAGGAAUGCUAGUAUGGUCACACCAUAUGUUCACUGUAGGUCUAGAUGUAGAUACACGUGCAUACUUUACAGCAGCUACAAUGAUUAUUGCUGUACCAACAGGUAUUAAGAUUUUCAGUUGGCUAGCUACAAUGUACGGUGGAUCUAUCCGACUAACUGCACCUAUGCUAUUCUGUGUAGGAUUCCUAAUUCUAUUUACAAUUGGAGGUAGUACAGGAGUAACUCUAUCAAAUGCAUCACUAGAUAUUGCAUUCCACGAUACAUACUAUGUAGUUGCUCACUUCCACUAUCAACUAUCAAUGGGUGCUUCAUUCGGAAUCUUUGCUGGAUUCUAUUAUUGGUUCCCAAAAAUUGUUGGUAAAACAUACAAUGAAACUCUUGCAAAAAUCCAUUUCUGGACAUUCUUUGUAGGAGUUAACCUAACAUUCUUCCCACAACAUUUCCUAGGUCUAGCAGGAAUGCCUCGACGUAUCCCUGAUUAUCCUGAUGCAUUUGCACCAUACAAUUACAUUUCUUCUCUAGGAAGUGUAAUCUCUGUAGCAGGUGUAUUCAUCUUUGCAUACCUAGUAUAUGAUGCACUAGUUUAUGGAGAAGAAGCAGAUAAUAAUCCAUGGGCAGUGCCAGGAUACUUCGAGUCAACACCAAUCUAUUGGCUAGAAGCUAAUCCAGCUACAUCACUAGAGUGGGCAGUAGAAUCACCUACACCAUUCCACGCAUUCCAUGUAGUACCAAAACAAUCUUAA